UUCUGACAAAAUUACCAAGAUCUGAAAUUUUUGUUCCGGGUAUCUCGUCCAGUCGUUUGAGAUGGCAGAAGACGGGAAGUUCCGAAUUGAGAAGUUCGAUGGUACAGAUUUCAGUUGGUGGAAGAUGCAAAUUGAAGAUUUGCUGGUUCAAAAAGAUUUGGACGUGGUUUUAGGUGACAAGCCAGAAAAGAUGUCGGAUGCAAAUUGGGCAGGUUUGGAUCGGAAAGCUAUGUCCGUGAUCCGUCUCUCGUUGACCAAGAAUGUUGCGUUCAACAUUCUGAAGGAGAAGACAGCGAAGGGAAUUAUGGACGCGCUGUCCAACAUACUAUUGUCAGUGGGCAUUAAGUUCGAUGAUGAAGUUCAAGCUUUGCUACUGUUAUCGUCUUUACCUGAUAGUUGGUCCGGAACGGUUACAGCAGUUACCGGUUCAGUGGGACCCGAUGGAUUCACCUUUGAUCAGAUUCGAGAUCUCGUUCUUGGCGAGGAUGUCAGAAGAAAGAGUUCAGGGGAGUCAUCUGGUGAAUUGCUUCAUGUUGGUAGAGGUAGAAGAAAUAACAGAGGCUCUGCGAGUGACGAGGAGGUCGCUCUGACUUGCUGUGAGGAAAGCAAUGUGGAUUCCUGGGUCAUGGAUUCUGGUGCUUCAUUUCAUGCUACCCACAGCGGUGAAGCAUUGCAGAAUCUAGUUUUUGGAGACUUUGGAAAGGUACGACUAGCAGACGAUAGACCUCUUGAAGUGACGGGCAUGGGUGACAUGGUGUUGAAGACCCCGGUCGGUUUCUGGACUUUGAAGGAUGUGAAAGUUGUUCCAGCCUUGAAGAAAAGUUUGAUUUCUGUUAGGCAGUUGGACGAACAGGGACACGAGGUAAAGUUCAGAGAUGGGCAGUGGAAGGUCGUGAAGGGAAAUCUUGUCAUGGCCCGUGGAAGGAAGAGAGGUUCGUUGUAUAUGGUCGAGUUACCAUCUGAGGGAG